AAUAAAGGGCCCCGCCCUGUGUCUUGCCAGUGGACGCAACAAGCAAGACUCGCCUGCCACAAGAAGCCACAAGAAGAGGACGGGGCGGCGCGAGGUAAACAAAAGGAUCGUCUGUUCACAGCUGAGCGGCCGCCACACGCUUGCCUGCAGCCUGCCUUGGUGUUGUGGUGAUUGUGUUGCUCUUCAGGAAUGAGGCAAAAUGAGUGAGAAAGUAAGGAGAGGCCAAUUGACUUAUUGGGUUGGUAUGAAAGAUGGAGCUGAAUCUGUGGAUCCCAGGCUACAGAGAAACUCCUCUGUCUUGGAGGCUAUUCCAUAUUUCUGCACCACAGCCAACUUACAGAGUGCUGUGGUAUAUUUGUCACAAGAACUACAGGGAAUGGGGCUUGGAUGUCCACUCAUUGAAACUGAGGGUCAGAGAGUCAACCUUGUGGCCCUAGUGAAUGCCUGUUGGGAAGUGACACAACUGUAUCGAGCUUCAGUGCGAGAUACUAGUACCCUUCAGGAACAACACAGAAGAAAUGCUGCUGAUAUCAACCAUUUUCAGACUAGCAUCAAGGAUCUUCGUGGGGAAGUGAUUGAGAAAGAGCGAUUAGUUGGUGAGGCUCAGGAGAAAGAACGUCGGGCCACCAUUGGCAGUAAAUCCCUGGCUGCCAAGCUGAAAACAGAAAAGGAAGAGGUGCGAAGACUAAGCAGUGUUAUGCAGCAGCGAGAAGCUCAACACCAGCAUGAACUCAAGAAGAAGGAGAUGGAAAAUGAUCACUUGAAGGAUCGCCUCCAUCGACUGAUAUCAGCAGAGAUUCGGCAACCUGCUGUCACCCUCUCAGCCAAAAUAACCAGAGGAAACCGUUCUCGAGCUAAAUGGAAGACUGAAGCUUCUAGUGCAAGACAUGAGGAGGAGUUGUACAAGCAAGUGUUGGGUCACUAUGAGGCAUGGAUUGCACAAGUCAAUGAUGAAAAUGACCAACUGAAAUCCAGCCUUUUAAGAAUAUCUUCUCAAAUGGCUAAAAUAGGAGAAAAGUACUGCAAGGUUGAUACUCAAGAGCUGCCAGAUGGUGACAUGAAUAUCUCCAUGACAUCAUCAACAUUCAGCACAGACAGCUUAGAUAAUUUUGUUACAAACCAGGAGUUUUCUGCUUGUAAAGAUCGACUACAGGAAAUCUUUGAUAAGAACAUGAAAGCUUUGGUGCAGUUUCUUGAAGAGGCUCAGAAGACUGAUAACAAUAAUGAAAACCAGUUGAAAGAAGAUAAGGAAGAUUUAAAAAGGCAGUUGAUAGCUACAAAUGAGGAAAUGACAACGUACAAGUCAGCAGUUGGAAAAUAUGACCCUGAGAAAGCUGGAGAAGUAGAUUCAUCAUUCUUAUUGGAAGGAAGAAAUAUAGAGGAAGAAGCUUACUUAGAAAAGGAAAGGCAAAACUUAAUGAAAGAGAGAGAAAUUUUGGAAAAGGAAAAAAGAAUAUUUACUGAAGCAACCAUCAGGUUGAAUAGAGAAAGGGCAUCAUUUGAGGCCGAGAAAGCGGAGUUGCUGAAGGAACAAUUCCUGCAGGAUCUUCCAGCAACACUGGAAGCUGACCUGAUUGCUGAAAGUGGUGGAAGCCUCUCAAGUGGAAGCAUUGGAGAAAUUUUUGACUCUCCUCAGUACAUGGUAGCCGUCCCCAAUAUCACUUCACCAAGUAGAAACAUCACAUACAUUGAAGGGCCCCCAGUUGUGCUUGGCCCUUCAAGACUAUCAAAACAGCAACAAGACUCCAGCCGUGGUUUAUCAAAUAGAAUGAGUUAUGGCUUCAAGUCAGCCCCAGCCAGUAGGGCUUCCUCCUCCUCGAGACAAAGUGAGGACAAAAGGCACACCUUGCAUGGAGUAACUGGCACCCGUCCACCCAGUGGCACACGACCUCGCACAUUGGAAAGGACACGGCGUAAAUCUUGUUCUAUUACAAGAACUCCACUUAGCAAAAACAAAAGUCAGAGUCAAGGGAAUUUGGUUAAAGACAGUAAUAAGACUGGGGAGAAGGAGGAGGAAACUUCUUAUAAUUCUUCUUAUUUUUUGAAUUCUACAAAAAUUAAUCUCCAGCAUCAUAAGGAUUAUCUUGAUUUUGAUAGAGUGUAUUCUGAUUCUCAGACUUAUCAAAGAGAAAUGUCACCAUAUUCCAGGAAAUACUCAGGAUCACCACCAGCUGCACAGAAGGAUAUAAGGCCAAAUGUGCAAUCUCAAGAAAAUUUGUAUGAAACAAAUUCAGUAAUCUAUAAAACUGACAAUAGCUCUUCUAUAGAUGCCCUGGAGGCUGAUCUAGCAGAGUUGUUAGAGCAGCAGAUAGGACCUAAACAUGAAACAGCCUCAGGCCCUGGUCCUGAUGUGUCCUUCAGUAGAGUGACUCUCCCAAAGUCCAAACCCAGACCCAAGGUCUUUUCUCUACUCCGAACUACACCAAUUAAUUUGUUCAGCAGUAGAAGAUCUAGUCAGGAUUUUUCUUGUACAGAAAAUGGUGAGAAGAAAAUGCAGAAACCAUCCAAGAAAGCAGGAUAUUAGUUAUAUGUGCAUAAAGAAUCAAGCUUUUAUUUAUUUAUUCAUCACUACUUAGGGAUGGUUUGGUUGUUUGAUUUGUAAUCUUUUUGGAAUAAUACUGCCACCAUACUGUACACAUCAUGAAAGACAACUGCAUCUUUGUUUAUACAAUGAGGGUAGAAGUAUUUACAAGAUUCUCAAUGUGGUAUGUAAGUACAAGUCAUAUGUUGAUAAUGAUUUACAUUUUCCCCUAUGUUACACUUUAAUUGUUAUUUUUAUAAGAAGUUGUUUAUCCUGUAGCUCAAACCUUAUCACCAAAUAUCUUCCACACAUCUUCCAAACACAAAUAUGCCAAAUAUGCAAAAAUUUAACAAACAGUAUUGUGAAGAGAUGCAUUGUGUGAAAGACUUUUUUUCUCCUUUCUUUCUUUCUUUCUUUUCUGUACAUCUAGUUGUCUCCCAAAUAAUCAGCAGAAGACAAAAAACUGAUGCAUUCACACAUAUUAUCAUGUAAUAUAUUUUCUCUCUCUCUCUCUCUCUCUCUCUCUCUCUCUCUCUCUCUCUCUCUCUCUCUCUCUCUCUCUCUCUCUCUCUCUCUCUCUGAAGUGCGUAUCAGAAUACAUAAGUUUUAGUUCUUAUUUUACAGAUAUCCUUGAAUAUUUGUGCUUAGGGGUGUUGGUAACAUUGGUUAUUCUGGGUUACUGAUUUGGUGCAGGAAAAUGAUCUCAGUAGUAAAUAUGUAAUGUUAAUGCCUGUAGCUGCCAUCUCGUCCGUAUUUUCCAUAAUAGUGCAAAUUUAGAUUUCAUAUUGCCUGUAGUUUCAUGUUUAUAAUACUUGGAGAUAAUGAUUGGAUAGCAAUUAAUAUAUCAUAUUAGAUAUUCUUAAAAUUUUCUAGUCAUUCAUAGCAUAUGAUUUUCAUGUUAAGAAUGUGCCUUAGGGGCAGCCCAUUUCUAUAUACUACCUUAUUAUGUUUAAUCACUGAUCUUGAUAUUAAUCUAAUGCAACAAAGUUAAUGAUCUGAACACUUCACUGCCUUUACUCAUAUGCAAGACCAGCCUCAUACACUUCAUGUCAGGCUAAGAGAUUGCCAUUCAGAUAUUUGAGUGUUCCUGCACAGAAUUGUGGAUAGAAAUGUUUUACUAUUUUAUUCUUAUUGCAUAUCUAUGUACAACUUGGAUUAAUCAAAAGUCCCAUAAGGCUAUGUGUAGUUAUAUUAUAGAAACUCAUGUCAUGCAGUCCAAAAACAAUGAGCUUGAAUAGAAUAGAAUUAUUCAUUAUUGUAAGAUAUAAUUUAAUUUUCAUACUAGAUAUCUAUGUAGGAUGUAAAUGUUUAGUUGUACUGUACUUCCUUAGGAAAAGUAUUGAAACCCAGACUUAGUUUUAUAUACUGAUGGAAAUAAAUUUCUUUUUUUU